ACACACAGAGAGAGAGAGAGAGAGAGAGAGAUAGAUGCUGCACCUGUGCAUGAUUACCUGAGGGGAAGGAGAAUAAAAUAGAGAGGAGGUUUAGAGUUUGUAAGCAUGGCGGGACAGUUUCACAUCUGAUCUUCUUUAGUCAACAACAAGGUCAGUCCUCCCCCUCUCUACUGGUGUCAUGGCGGAUCAAAGCUGGUGGAAGCUGACCUUCUCCCGCAAGAAGAAGUCUGAAUCCAAGGUCCUGUACGAGAUCCCAGCAGAGUAUGGAAGCAACACGGGGAACAAAGAGCACUCGAGCGGUACCCCCCCCACAGACCACAUGGACAGCCAGUUCAAUGCCAGGCUGGAGAAGAUCGUGGACAAGUCUGCCACCAAGGGCCGCCACGUUAAGGUGUCCCACUCCGGACGCUUCAAGGAGAAGAAGAAGGUCCGUUCCACGCUGGCAGAGAACCCCAGCCUGUUCUCCGAGCACAGCCUCAGUGACGAGAACCACAAAAAGAAGACUGACAAAUGAAAAGCACACCUGAUUUCAAAUGUGUGAUACAUGAGUGUUGCACUUAUAAAUGCUGUAAUGAAGGAUAAAACAUACACAAGCACAACCAUGUGGUGCUACUGUACUGUACAUGUGCUAAACUGGAUCAACACAAGGCCCCACACCCAUAGAUACUGUAACCAAUGGACUCCCACCAAUACAAACAGCUGGUAUCAGCACACAGGAGACGUUUUUAUUACGCCUCAUAUUCUCCCUUUCUGUUAUUUAUCUACAGUCUGCCUCACCUCAUGCAAACAUCCCUUUUAAUUGCUUUAUUGUACAUUUAUUUGUAUUAUUAUUAAGGAUUGCUGUAAUUAAAACCUCCCUUUUUAUGUCUUACAAAAUCAAAAGAACAUUUUUAUUACGUUUUCAUGACCAAAGUAAAUAGGAGACCUGAUUUUGAUGUUGGAUAUAUUGUGAUAAAUAAUCAUUUUAAAUGAAAGCUGUUUAUGUAAUGUUUUUCUAAAAUUCUAAAGCAAAAAAAGAGUUUUGUUUUUAAUUAAAUGACAAUAUGAGUUAAUAUAGAAAGAGUGUGUUGUAUUUGUGCAGACAAUCAUUUGAUUGAGUAUUGUCAAUGAAUGAUUUCAGCAACUUAAUCUUGGUUUCGGGUUACAGUAUUUUUAUCCACCUGAGCGUGUUUGUGCUGGAUGAUUUUGUUGUCAUGGUGACGGUAAGAAGACACUGACAUUUGAUACGCAGUGGUGUGCUCUUACAUUUGAUUAUAUGGCUUUUAUUAAGUCAGUGAUGACUAACGCUGGUCAUUCAAGAAAAAAAUCCCCUGAUCAGCUGGUUUUGCUUAAAGGCCAACUUGCAGGUUGAUUUUUGGUAUACUUCAUUUAUAUUGAACCUUUCCAGAAAAAGAACAUUUGAAAGGUUGCCUCAGGAUUGUAUGUUUGACUGUGAGACUAUAAAUGAUUUGUUUUGUUGUGUGUUGGUGCUGCCAUCUGCUGGCCACGCAUGCAAUCAGUCCUCAGUUACAAAUUAAACUUUAAUCUGGCUUUUCAGUGAAUUCAAGUCAAAAUAACAUUCUCAUCUUCCAUCAGUAAACAAUAAUCACCAGUAUAAAUCUCGUAAUAGUGCAACAUGUACAUGAUACACACAAUAGUCGGCAAAAUUUAAGUCGUCAGCUAGAAAGACACAUAUAGAUGCUUGUUAUUCUAUAAAGUGUAAAUAAUACUAAUUAUAAUGAAGAUUUGAGACGGUUGCUUGGUUUGACUAGAGAAGCUUCAGUACAUACAGUACUCAGAAUUGUAGCAACAAUCAAACACAACAUUUUACAACAUUUUAGAAAGAAAAAAGAAAAACAAUGAAUACCAUCAGAGGCCCCCUUAUUAGGAACACUUGUACGAUGUGUUACAAUUCCAUGUUGCAGCUCUGCCAUACAUUUUCUAUCUCAGAUGAGCUGAAAUGCUUUUAAUUGGAAACGUGUACAUUUUCCGUUACAUGUCUGUUAUUGUACUGUUUAUAGGAGAAAUAGGUGGUGCCUCUAUUACUUUUUUACUUAAUAAACAUCAUAAAAGUAGACUUUUUGACUUUAUGGUUUUGGAUAGCAUUACAUGAUCAAGUGUAAGUGAUAAAGUGGCCACUGAGUGUAUUUAUUUGUUAGAUUGACAGAUCAUUCUUCUGGAACUUAUUAGGAACAGACCUCUAAAAACCAAAGCAUUACAGAUUAUUCCAACAUUGAGGGUUGCAUUUAUGGUACAGGUUGUGCUUUUUAAGAUGCAGGACACA